AUCCAACCCACAAACAGUAACGAUAGUUAACUGCGAGAGAACCCAGUGACCACUUUUGUCACCCCCUCUGACCGAACAAAACUGUCACUGGCGCAGAGGUACGAUACAUUCACGCUAAAGUCGCAGCUUGUUUACGUUAAAUGGAUAGCAGGUUAUGUUACAAUCGACACUAAAGGUUAAGUUUAAACUUAGAAUUGCUCGGGCACGCGACUGCUCCAGAGUGUUUGGGGGAGCGUGAAGAGCGUGUCAGUGUGCCUUUCAUUGUACAGAAUGUUCUAAUUCAUUAAUUGGACUUCCUUCAAUGCAAAUGUUUCAGGACUUGUGAAAACUGGCAUUUGGUCGUGCAUGUUCCUGAGAGCCUGACGUCUCUCUUCAAUGGCUGCCUCAGGCUCCUCCACCACAGUGCCUAAAGGAUUUCACUAUGAGACCAAGUUUGUCAUCCUCAGCUACCUCAGCCUGCUACCGCCAAGAUCAAGACCCUCAGAGACCGCAGUCGCAGAGGGACAGAGCCACUCUACACAGGAAACAGAGAGAGAGAGGAAUAGCAGCCUGAAGAAACAGAUUGAGAAUGAGAUGAAGCAGCUUGAAGAGGAAAUUGCAGCUUCCUUUUUCAGGACUGGUUUUGAUCGCCACACAUCCCCGGUGUUCAGUCCAGCUAAUCCAGAGAGCUCCAUAGAGGACAGCCUGGCAGUGCUGGGGGACCGUGUCUCCCUGGACCUGGACACACACCUGUCCUCCGCCACUCGCACACUUCUGAGCAGUGGAUUGUGUCUCUUGUACAGUGAUUUGAACUUUGAGCAUUUCAGAGCAGUGGUAGAGGAGCUGUCCUCUCAUACUCAAAAAGGAUGGAGCAAGGUGUUGGUACCAUUAGUAUUGUUACAGACCCUGCAGUCUGAGGGGCAGCCACUGGAAUCUCUGCUGGAUUAUGGUCUGCGUUACCUCGAAGAAUCACAAGCAGACUUUAUCAUUCAGCAGGGAGGAUGGGGCACUGUGUUCAGCCUGGAUGAAGCUGAGAACCCUGGAGUAAUCAUAGCUGAGGACAGUAACGACAUCUACAUCCUGUCAGGUGAACAGGCCUCAGAUCAGUUAAGCCCUCCUGCAUCACUACUGACUAUAGGAGAUAGUAGUGGGCCAGCUUCCUGGCAGACAGAGAGUCUUCCUGUGUCUCUGACAGGACACGAGUCUUGGGCCCAGGUUGGAAUGAUGGACCCAGAAGACAUCAAGAGUCUGGACAGUGCUGAGGGAGUGGCAUUAGCCGAGGAGCAAAGCGAGAACAACUCUUCCAACUCCGACAUUGUCCAUGUGGAGCGUGAAGAUGCAGAACUCCUUGAGGAGGGUGGGGAAACGGUUGAGGAAGGGGAGCUGCAGAGUAGUGUCCUCAGUGUGUUGGGAAGUGAGAGUGAACUUGCUGCUGUUAGAGAAGAAGCACCACCAGAGCCUGAUCCACCAGCACCUGAGCCAGUAGUGUCUAUAGAGGAACCAGUUGUCCUCACUGAGACUCCUCCUAAAGUAAGUGAUGCUCCACCUCCAGCCUCUGUAGAACAAGAGCAAGUAGUCUCCUAUGCUGCUGCUGUCACCUUUGUGCCCGAGCCUGAACUCCAAUCACAGCUGGCUCAGCCCGAGGCUGUUCCAGCUCCUGUGGAGCCACCACCGACUUCCCCAGUAAAAGAGUCUCUCCCUGCAGUGGCCCCACCACCCGAUCCAGAAACAGAACCUGUCCAAGCAACCUUAGAGCAGGAGAUACUUCCAAAGGCCGAGCAGAAGCCCACCUUGCUUACCCAAGACCUAUCUGUCUCAACUGCUAGUGAGGCCCCAGUGCAGAUACAGUCUGUGCCACAGCCUGAUUCCUCUGACCUCCCUGUGCUGCUAUAUGGUGGUGCUGCCCUAGUUGCCAUUGCUGCAGUAGUGGCAUUUGGAGCACUGGCCUACAGGAAGAAGUAAAAAGUAAUUUAGCUUUCCAUGCCCUCACAGUAUCGUUUGCCCUAAUGGAAGCCUGGACCACUGUGCUGCCAAAAGCUGCACUUUAUGGGAAAAGUACUCCUCUUGUGUGUCAUACCAUUUUGUUGGCUUAGCUCCUUAGUCCUUCAAAUCAGCUUAAUGACUGGAUGGGAACUACAGGUGCAAGUGCAUCUGUUUUUUUUUUUGGUGAAUUCAGGUUUCUUUAUGGGUAUCAUGUUGCUGUUGUGCUGUAUGUGAACAUAGUAGUGUGCUGUGACCUAAGUUUUUGGCCAGUUGCGUAAAGGCCAAAGUAUACUUUGGUUUUCUGCGUGACACAGAUUUCUUCAGUACAGUAUGAGUAGACUGACCACAUGCAACCUAGCUUUUUCUUAAUGCACUGACAGUCACUGUCUUAGUGCAUUUCCGCUGCAUGUGGCUGGCGUUGACUGUGCUAAAAAUUGCAUCAAAGCAGUCAUAGUGCGUGCACAUAUAGCGAACGCAUCGCUAUGGGCAGUCAGAAGCAUACUUUGAAUGUCUGAGCACUUGACAGUGUGCGAGACUGAACAGUACGUGGAAAAACAAAGCAUACCCUAGCCUUAGUAUUAAGGAUAAAAACAAGGCCUUUGAUCUCCGAACAUUAUCCACAGGAAGUGAAGUUAAUUUUUGUUAGUGGAUCAUGUUUAUUCUGAUAUUUAAUGAAAUUAAUUUAGAUUUUAAAGCACAAGCGUGUGUGAUGGUGCAUGAUUAUUUUACCUUGUUUAUUAGAAAUAUUAAAGCAAAACUUUAACCUUGCCUUUCAGAUGGGUUGUUUCUGGGUUCUGCACAUUGUGUAAUGGAUACAUUUUGACUUAGUGAAUUCUUCUCAAACCACUAUAUGGUGUCCCAAAAUGCAUUAAUAUUUGUACUCCUAACUCAUACUUGUAUCUAUGAUUUAUAUGGACAUUCAUAUUAACCCACAUUAAUGUAACUUUAGAAUAUGUAAUGUCUAAUUAAACUUUCAUGCACAUUUCUGUAAUGUCUGAUUAAACUUGCAUGUUUUUGUUUGAAUUUCCUCUUUUAAAGACUAAAACAAGAAACCUAGGUCACAGCCCCUUCACUUUAUCCAUAUUUUUUAUUUUAUUUUUUGUAAAGGAAGUGUCCUU